CGCCAGUCAGUUUUAUAGAGGCGCACUCCCGUCCCUCCUUCCUUUCCCGGAAGUAACGUCACAUUAAACAGUCGGCGCUAAUAACCUAGCAACGCCGGGUUCGCUGGCGCAUUCAACAGAUAUUGAAGAGAAAGUUAUUGCCUUUGAAUGCCUAAAGAACAGACAAACUCAGAACAAAACAAACAUGGCCUAUCGGAUGUCCAAAGAGGAACUGGAUGAACAGUUUGAGCAGUUUUUGAAAGAGUCUCUUUCAGAUGAUUCAUUCGAUGGUUCCAAAAGGUCUUCUGUGCUUGAAAAUCUUGGAAAACCUAGAAAUCAUAAAAACAACAAAAACAACAAAAAGGACUCUUCCUCUUGGUGGACUCCUGAAGAUGAUUCUGAUGAUGGAGAAGCAAAACCACGAAAAUAUUUAAAGAAGCAACAAGAGAAUAAGACAUCAAUUCUUAGUAACAAAACUAAUGAAAAUGUUGGCAAGUCCUGUGUCUCAAGCUGCCAUGCUGAUUUGCUUUCUCCAUCUCGAAGCUUUAUAAAAUCAAAAAGAGCAUCCCUACCAAUUAAAGAGGAGGAGGAGGAAAACGAACAUAUUGAAGAAACGCUGCAAUCAAAUCAGGACCAUGUGUCUGCAUCAAUUGAUAGAGACAGCUUAGAUGUUGAUGAUUCUGUUGUUGCAUCUGGACCAAAUCAAACUGUUCUUGGAGUUGGACUGGACACUUUAGAAGAACAAGAAGAAAAAGAACGGUUUUUUGCUAGACUUGAAAACGGAGCCUCGUCUACAGUUGAUUAUUCUAAAUUAAACAAAGGAUUGGAUUCUACCGAUUCAUCAAAACUCACAGCUUUAAUAUGCUAUAACGAAGAACCAAAAUCUAUACAAGAUGAUGAUGAUGAUGAUAGUGAUAAGAAGGGUAAAACCAGAGAUUCUUCAGGAAGCUAUAGUGAAGACUUUGAAGAUGACGGAGAUUCUAGUCAUCAUAAGAACAAAGAGGAAAAAGACCACGCCAUUGUUGAUAAUUUGAACUUAAAAAAGGAAGAAGAAAAGCCUGGAAUGUUAGCUAAAGUAAUGUUAUUAGAUUCAUUGGAUUCAACAAUGGACGCUCAAAAGUAUCUACAAGAAACAGGAACUCGCACGUCACAGGGUACCAGAGAGGCAAUGGGCACAGGUGUUUCCAAUGUAUACACUAAUAGUGAUGUUGAAGCAUUGCAAAUAGCUUACAAACACAUACAGUCAAUGGAAGAUACUGAUGAACAAAAAAGUUAUAAGACAAUGGACCAUACAAACACAGCCUUCGAAGAUAUCCCAGACUCGAUUGAAAAGAGCCUCAAAAAAUUAUCCACUGCUGAGUCAGAUGUACCUACAGUGGAUGAAUUGAUGCAGCAUAUUAGAAGAGAAACACUCAGUGACAUUGACUAUGAUGUAAAUCCUUCAAGCCAGAUGAGGACAGAUUACAUAUACCAGUACACAGCUAAGAAGCUACAAGACACAGAAAAGUUACACAAUGUCUCAGAAUGGAAUGCUGAAAAAAUGGAAGAGAAAAGUGAAUUUUUUACUUCAGACACUGAAAUACAAUUUAUAAACAGUAGAGAUCCACUAACUCUCAAAAGCUCUGUUGGAGAUGAAAGAUUGGGGCAUCAGGUUGAUUCCCUGCUUCCAGAUGAAAGAAAUAGCCACGACUUGUUCAAUCUUGAUCAGAAUUUAAAUACAUUUGGCAUUGUGCAUGGCCACAAACUGACUAAGGACAAGAGUCCCACAUCACUUCCAAAGAAACCUCAUAAUCUGUAUGCUCACGUUCGAAGCUCUGGAUAUGGGAAAAGCAGCACACGCUUGAAAACACCCACACUUGCUGUGAAAUUCAAUUCAGAGGAAUAUCCUGUUAAACCAAAAGAUACGUCACCUGAUAGAAAAGGUGCAUUGCCUACCACCAGGACCAUAAGAUUGACAGGUACUGAAACUGUUCCAAAGCAAAGCCAGAAGGAUUAUUCUUUACAGCACAACCAAAAAAGUGUUCCUCAAAUGGAUUUUGAUAAAUCAGAAACUGUGUUUCAACAUGAUAAGAAUGAUUCUUUUAGAAGCACAUCCGGAUUCCAUGUCGAGAAUAACGCUUCUCAGUCCUUAAACAUGAGUGAUGCUGAACUCAAUAUGUUUCUGAAACUGCAGAACAUAGAGGAAAAAUUAAAUUCAGAUCAAACACAUUCUAAAAUUCUUAGAGAAGAGUUCUCAAAAAAAGAGGAAGAAUGUCUACAGAAAAUAGAAGACUUAAAAACAAAACAUGAUGCAGAACUCCAUCAGCUUAAACAGGAAAAUUAUAUCCUUCUAACAAAGUUACAUACUAUGGAAGAUAAAGGCAUAAAAAAGCUACAUCUUGGUGACCCAAAGAAUCCUAUGACAGAUGAGAAGGUACAACAAAUACGCAAAGAAAUAGAGGAGCAGGAAAAACUCCUUCAGGGUUAUCAACAGGAGAAUGAAAGACUGUAUCAACAAGUCAAAGAGCUUCAAGCCAAAAACAAGCAAAAUGAAGAAUUAAUGUUCCAAGAGAAUCAGUCAUUAAAAGCUAACCUUCUCUCUUUAAGAGAGCAGCUGAGUAAAGCCACAAUAACCCAUCAGCGCCCACCAGAUAUUUCUGAAAAAUUUAAUAGCGAGAGCUUUACAGACUUACUGGUUGAACUGCGUACUGUCAAGAAGCAAGAGGCCGGUUUGCUUGAUGAGAUUUCUAGACAGAAGCAAGACAAACAGGCUUUAGAAGUAGAUUUGUUGCAGAUGAGGAAGGAGAGAGACAAUUUAAAAACUCUGCUCACUCAUGCCUCAGGUGAUAAAUCCUAUGAAAUGAAGAUUAUGGAAGAGACCUAUAAACAGGAAAUAAAUGUCUUAAACAAGAAACUGAAGUGGUUUGCAGAGAACCAGGAACUUUUGGAUAAAGAUGCCGGUCGUCUCAGAAAUGCCUAUGAACAAAUAGAGACUCUAAAGAUGCAGGUUGAAAAACUUCAAAAUGAAACUGGAAAUCAGUGUGUACAGCAGCAAAAGCGUCCAAAAGAAAGAGCUGCAGAUGCAAAGCGUAUUCAAGAUCUUGAGCGACAGGUUAAGGAGAUGGAGGGAAUUAUUAAGCGAAGACAUCCUAAUUCGAUCCCUGCACUGAUUUUUGCUGCUGCAGCUGCUCCUGGAGGUGACGAUAAAGAUUCAGCCAAAACAAAUACCAUUGCGUUUUUAGAAAGAAGAGUUAAAAAGUUAGAAACAGAUCUUGAAAGUAAAGACGAUGAUGCAAAGAAAAGUCUGCGCACCAUGGAACAGCAAUUCCAAAAAGUCAAGAUUCAGUAUGAAAGUAGAAUACAUGAACUUGAAGAAUUGCUUACUCACAAACUUAUAAAUGACCCUCAACAAUCUGACAAUUCAACAAAAUCCCAAAAAUUUAAGGAAGAACUUUUGAUAUGCAAAGAAACUCACCAAGCAACAAUACAAAACCUUCAAAGGCAAAUAGAUUUGCUCAGAGAAAAUAAUUUAGUUUUAGAAAACAACGAAAGAAAGAAAGCAGCAAAUUUGUCUGGCAUUGGUACUAAAGUAGAAGAGGCUUCUAAUAAAGAUCUUAUUGUAAAGCUCAGCCAAGAACUGGUAGCCAAACGCACAGAGAUUCAAGACCUCACAAAAACAGUUGAAAGACUUCAGAAGGAGAGAAUGAUCAUGCUUUCUGUAAAGAACCCUUCAAUUAACGCUGGUGAUAAAAAGAGCUCUGAUCAAGCUAGAACGGAUAUUUCUGCCCCUGGUAAAAGGAGCAUUGCAGACAGUAUGAGUUUUCCUGAAACUUUAGAUGAGAAACUGUAUCAUCCAGGGACAUUUGCAGAUAUUCACAUCUCUGAUGUACAAGAAGAAAAUGCUGCAUUAAAAUAUGAAGUGGAAAGACUGUCUUUAAAGAUAAAUGAACAGAAAGAGACAUUUCAAGCCUUGUUAUAUCAAGGAGAAUGCACUAUUAAGAGGUUAAAAGAAGAAUCUUCUGAGCAAGCUGCUGCCCUGAAACUCUUACAUCAGAAAGAGGUAGAAAAACGUAUUUGCCAGCAUGCCAUUGAACAUUCAUCAUCUAAAGUUGCUGAGCUGAGCAGUAAAAUAUCUACUCAGGAGAUACUCAUAAAGCAUCUUCAAACACAAGUGAAGGAGCUACAGAAGGAUAGAGAAUCGCUGGCUAUCUACCGAAUCCGAGAAGAAACUCUACAACAAGAGGUUGCAAAACUCUUCGAGGAGUUAAAAGAGGCAAAAGAGUGCCACAGUCCUGAAAUGAAACACUUUAUAGCACUGGAAAACAAGAUAAAGUAUAUGGAAGUAAGACAUUUACAGAGGGAGCAGGAGCUUCAACAGAUAAUACAGCAGACUCGUCAUGUGGCAUCAAAUGAGCAAACCGAAGAGACAGACAAGUGGAAAAAACUUGCACAACAGAAGAAUACAGAACUGGAAAAAUUCCGAACUGAACUGGAUGCAAUAUUGGAUGUUCUGAGAAUGCUCCAAAGACAAGGUGUUGUUAUUCCUGAAGUGACCUCUCAAAGAACUGUUACAUGAGUCUGCUGGAAAAUACCACCUUGUUUCAGUUACAACAGUAUCUAUUAGGAGGCUGUUUAAAAUGCUGUACUAUAUAUAUAUUGUACGAGUAUAUAAAUGUAAAAUAUAUAUGUACAUUGUAUACAGAGACACUAAAUAUUUAAUAUUUUUAUUUAUUUAAAUUAUAUUUUGUUUGCAUAAAAUCUUUUCAAAUACCGUAACUGUGUCUUUACGUUAU